GCCGCCGGCCCCGGCCCGCGCCUUGGUUUCAGCACCGCGGACAGCGGCGUCGGCAUGAGCGGGCUAAACCCAGGUCCCGCGGUGCCCAUGAAGGACCACGACGCCAUCAAGCUCUUCGUGGGGCAGAUCCCGCGGGGCUUGGACGAGCAGGACCUCAAGCCGCUGUUCGAGGAGUUCGGCCGCAUCUACGAGCUGACGGUGCUGAAGGACCGGCUCACCGGCCUCCACAAAGGAAACAACCUGAGCCAGCCUCUUCCUCCUCAGGCUGUGCCUUCCUCACCUACUGCGCCCGGGACUCUGCUCUCAAGGCCCAGAGUGCACUGCACGAGCAAAAGACCCUGCCUGGGACUGCAACCUGAGUCCUGUCGGUGUUUCGGCCCCCACCCACAGCCUGGUACACUGCAGGUGCUACACCACCAGCGGAUGAAUCGUCCGAUCCAAGUGAAGCCGGCUGCCAGUGAGGGCCGAGGAGAGGACCGGAAGCUGUUUGUGGGGAUGCUGGGCAAGCAGCAGGGUGAAGAGGACGUCAGACGCCUGUUCCAGCCCUUCGGUCAUAUUGAGGAGUGCACAGUUCUGCGGAGCCCUGACGGGACCAGUAAAGGCUGUGCCUUUGUCAAGUUCGGGAGUCAAGGGGAAGCUCAGGCGGCCAUCCAGGGUCUGCACGGCAGCCGGACUAUGGCGGGCGCCUCGUCCAGCCUCGUGGUCAAGCUGGCAGAUACAGACCGCGAGCGAGCGCUGCGGCGAAUGCAGCAGAUGGCUGGCCAGCUGGGUGCCUUCCAUCCCACACCACUGCCACUUGGGGCCUGUGGCGCCUACACCACAGCGAUCCUGCAGCACCAGGCAGCCCUGCUGGCAGCUGCACAGGGCCCGGGCCUAGGCCCUGUAGCUGCAGUGGCAGCCCAAAUGCAGCACGUGGCGGCUUUCAGCCUGGUGGCUGCGCCGCUGUUGCCUGCAACAGCCAACUCCCAGCCUGGCAGUGGUCCUGGCACUCUCGCCGGUCUUCCAGCGACCAUUGGGGUCAAUGGAUUUGGCCCAUUGACUCCCCAGACCAACGGGCAGCCAGGCUCUGACACGCUCUACAAUAAUGGGCUCUCUCCUUAUCCAGCCCAGAGCCCUGGUGUGGCUGACCCCCUGCAGCAGGCCUACGCUGGGAUGCACCACUAUGCAGCAGCCUAUCCGACGGCCUAUGCCCCAGUGAGCACAGCUUUUCCCCAGCAGCCUUCAGCCCUACCCCAGCAGCAAAGAGAAGGCCCGGAAGGCUGUAAUCUCUUCAUCUAUCACCUGCCUCAGGAGUUUGGUGAUGCAGAACUCAUACAGACAUUCCUGCCCUUUGGGGCCGUUGUCUCUGCCAAAGUCUUUGUGGAUCGAGCCACCAACCAGAGCAAAUGUUUUGGGUUUGUUAGUUUUGACAAUCCAACCAGUGCCCAGACUGCUAUUCAGGCCAUGAACGGCUUUCAAAUUGGCAUGAAGAGGCUCAAGGUCCAGCUAAAGAGGCCUAAGGAUGCCAACCGGCCUUACUGAUCUGCUCUCACUGACUAGCCACAGAAAGAAACUGACGAGUGAGAAGAAAGGGAAGAAAAAGCACAGAAACGCUGGAGCAGCCCUUCCGGAAGGAGCAGCUGCAGAUGGAAGUGGAUCAGACCUGAGGCUGGCGCCUGGGGCUCAGGCCACUCAAGGAUUGUUCUUAUCAAGUGGGUUGUUCUGCACCUGUGGCAGAGAGCUCAGGCUGUCAGGGCAACCAGGACUGGUUGAGAACUGACUGUCUGGGGAACCAGCAGAGGGCCUUGGGGGUGCCAAGGGCUUCUCUACAAGGGAAGCCCAGAUUUACUUCUUUCAAAAUCAUAUCAUUCCUUAGAGUUUAGGGACCAAAGGACUAUUGCUUUUUUUAAGAAUAUAUAUAUAUCUAUAUCUAUAUAAAUUAAAACAAACAAGAAAAAACCACAAGAGAAAUUUAAAAAGACAGUAUAGAGUCUCAUAAAAGCUGCCUUUAAAUAUCCCUAGGAGACAGGGUGAAGGAGACCUUUGAUAGCACCAGCCUAGGCAAUGGGAGGGCGUGGAAAGAUUGUCUUGUGUCUCAUCCCCUCUUAAACCACUCCCCCACCCUUCCCUUUUCAAGAUAAUUAAGGACUCAAGAGGUCCAGGCUCAUAAAAAGAAGGUUAUGGAAGCAGUGAACCUAUAAUCUCCAAUCUCCAGCCUCAGAGGUCAUCCCUGAGGAGGCCCCAAGAGGGGUUCAGGCCUGCCUUGAUUCUGUCAUCCUACAAGGACUCCUGGGCAGCAGAAGUGAUAACCUCCCUUUCCUUCUCAAUGGCUUCUCUCAUGGAACCACUGCUUUCCCAAGAAGGAAGAAAGAGGGAGUUUUGGCCACAUGAGCUUUUUUCAUCCCAGUCAGUCCAAAUAGACAGAGGCCUUGCCUUUGGCUGAACUGAGACACCUCCUGUUUCUCCUCCCCUUGAGCCAGCCCCAGUGUCCCCUUGCUCCAGGCCACCUUCUGUCUCUUAAAUUUCCCUACCUAUAAAGUAGAUUCAAGAUAUACGUAGAGGGCUGUGACAACAGACUUGGAAGGUUUGCUACUGUAUAUACUGCCAUUGAGAAGGGGAUAAUUUUCAAUAUGUAGAAGCUUCAGAAUUAGGGGUCCCUGUUUACCCAGGACCUGGGAGGGAAAUAGAUGUUUUGCCAAAAUACUUCUUCAUUCCUUUAAAAAGUACAUCUUUCCUAUGCAAGAGUGUCUCAUAUGUGCUUAUCCAAGGUGCUUUUAGAUGGUGAGCAGUGUUCAGCUUAGAAGUGGUGUGUGCUCUGUCUGUCCGUCUUUGUCUGUCUGUUGUAUCCAGUGGGUGCCAUAUAAAGCUGAUCAAUGGUGGUGCUUCCUGCCUGCUUCUGUGAGAUGGGCAAAAGAUUCCGCUUAGAAAACCGUGAUUCACCUUGCCUUGGUCAGUCUUUCCUGUGCCCACAGGCCCUGCUCAUAUUUUUCCAGGGGGAUAAUUUUCUCUCUACCCCAUAGAAAUGAAUUAGCCUAGUCUGAGGCCCCAGCUGUGUGUGGGAGCUCUCUAGUUCCCAGAUGUUGCUGAUGUUGGAGGUCUCUGAUCUGAUAACAGUCAGACAGUAAAGAAUGUGGGGUGGGGUCAGAGGAUUCUUCCUUCAUAUGGUUUCUAAGAAAACUUGUUCCCACCUGUUCCUCUUGUCUUUGACUCAUUUUUGGAGGGAAUGGGAAUAAAAAUUAACAUUACCAGGUAAGGCUCAGUGUACAUCCACCAAUAAUUUUCAUCAGAGAGAGGAACCAGUGCUAAGGGGAUGUGUAUACCAGCAUAAUGCUGACACAUAGUUGGAGUACCCUGGACACAGGUGGGGAUAUGCAGCCCCUGCACACUCGAACAGAUAUUCACCUAGAGGAAAAGAGAGCUCUCAGUGUUAGGUGCUAAACAUGGUUCUGGGUGCUGGGACUUAGGUGCAGACUACAAUACCUGGAUAAGGGGAAAGACAGGCCAUGAAUGCAGUUACAAUGGAGGGUCACACAGGGUCUGUGCCAGUAGGAAGAAGAAAACCAAAUUUGGGCUUAUUGGUAGGGGAGAUCAGAGAAAGUCUUUCUGAAGGAGAUUAAGAAAGAGGAGUGUAAUCCCAGCGGUUUGGGAGGCUGAGGCAGGAGGAUCACAAUUUCUAGGCCAGCAUCAGCAACUUAGUGAGGCCCUAAGCAGCUUAGCAAGACUCUGUCUCAAAAUAAAAGAUAAAAUAAAAGGGCUGGGGAUGUGGCUCAAUGGUUAAGUGCCCCUGGGUUCAAUCUCUGGCAUCCAAAAAAAUAAAAAAAAAUAGAAAAAAGAAAAAAAAAAGAUGUAGGCGUGUCACCAAGGAUAAACUGGAACAAUUUGGACUAAGUCUUUGGAAAGCUGCAUCAUUUUGAAAAAUUAUUUUUAUCUACCAAGAAAUAAUACUGGUUACCAUUUAUUUCAUUGUCUACCAUGUUUCAGAUAAUGGGCACACCAGAUAAGACUGACCCAUUUCUAUUUCUACCCUGAAUCUUAACUCAUUUCUGAGUCAUGUUAAGACACUUGCACCAAAAUGACAUUUAGGAUAUUUUGCUUCAUACUAUAGGGUGUGAGCUAGGGACUGGCCAACUGACUCCGUAGUUUCAGAGUUUAAUAUGAUCUAGACCAGGGGACAGCAAACUAUGAGCUUGUGGGCCAAAUUUGGCCUAUGGCCUAUUUUAUAUAAUGUACAAACUAAGAAUGGUUUUUACAUUUUUAAAGUGUUUUCUAAGCAAAGAAAAAGAAACAAAAUGAGACAAAGGCCAUAGGUGGCUCAUAAAGCCUAAAAUAGUUAUUUUCUCCUUUAGACAAAAAGUUUGCUGACCCCUAAUAAAAUUGUAGAAGACUUGCAUAAUGUCUGAAUUUGAAAAAUAUGGUAUUUGUGUCUCUGUUUGUGUGUACAUGUAUUAGUCUAUACUUUUUUCUGUUGCAAGUAUCAAAAACUCAAACCUGGUUAAGCCAAUAGGAGAUUAAUUAGUGUACAUAACUGAUAAAUCAAAGGAUGUGUCUGCCUUCAGACCUGGAUGUCUAGAGGUUCAAUGAUGAUUUUUCUAUUUCUUGACUUUACUUCCUUCUUUUUGGUCUAUCUAGCUCUAGCUCUGAAAUCCUAGGGACAACUUUGGCCAGCUUUGGACAUGAACCUAUCUCUAGGAUGGAAGAUUGGGCCACCAUAAUUGACAACUUCACCAGGACUGUGAGGAGGAGAGAAAUGGGUCCCCAAAGGAAGGAAUGAUGGGCAGAUAAGCAAUUUGUGUUCAGUAUAUUUCACCCUUUAUUUCAUCCACCUAUACUUUUCUUAAUAAGCAUACAAUUUCAAAAUGUACCUGCCUAAUAAUGCAGUGAUUCUAAACCCAACCAAAAACAUACUCACCCACUUCCAGUGGUAGAGAAAACAGUGUCAUAUCUAGUUGCUUUACUCAUUCAGGGUCUCUUGAUCAGGUAUGGAUAUGAAUUAUUAAGAUUUUGCAAUUGAUAGCUAAAAGAUAAGUUUAGUUAUCCCUAUAUAAUCAAUAUGAAAUAGCAGAGGAAAAUGGGAUCACAAUUUUGAAAAAGUCUUCCAUUUGGAAUAAGGGAGAAGAGAAAACAAUCUCUAAUCUACAGCGCACAGCAAGCGCAUCCUUCUAGACAGUGGAGUGAAUUUCUUAUCAAUAAAAUUAAUUGGUCUUGGUCCUUUCCAUGGGGGAAAUAUCUCCUUUAUCCAUUGUUGUUUAUGGACAUCCCUAAGAUGACCCAUCUAUAACUGUAACAUCCCACUUCCCUCUGACAUGGUUUUGGGAUAAAGAUUACGUUAGAAAUCCA